AGAAGGAUUAUUCAGUAGCCAUAGCGCCAAACUUUUCGCCCCAUAGUUGAGCAUCGGGCCCGAUAGAUUUGCAUAUAUCUGCAUUUCACUUUGAAAGGAGGAUCCAAUCAAAGCGAAGUCGUAAAGGAACCAUGGAACCAAACACUAGAAUUUUCAGGGUUUCGUUUUGCUCCACUACCUAAAGCUGCUAUUCGGGAAAAUAAUUAUGCUCCCUAAUACUAUAAUUGUAUUUUUUACUAAUGCUUUUUCAUUGUAGUCCAUAAUUUUCAGCACCAAAAUAAAUGCUUCAAUCAUAUGAUUAAUCUAAGUUUUACUCAAAUGAAAUGAAUAUUUAGCUUUAGUAUUGCAAUACCAUAUAUAAAUCACUGAGUUGAAAGAAAUAUAUAUUAAUAGGAAAAACAUUCAUCCUCCAUAUACAAUUUAUGCUGCUGAUAUUUUGGCAACUAAUAAGAACAUCCAACUUUUUUUUUUUGUUGUUGUUGUUUCUCUGCAGGUGCUUCUUUUGAACAUAUCAUCAACUUUCACAGCAGAGGAACUUUCCGGUUUGCAGAAAUUGUGAAAAAAAAAUGGUGGAAGGUGGUAAUAUAUCAAAACCAGACAAGACAGAGUUCACUGAGUGUUGGAAAACAACAUGGAAAACUCCAUACAUUAUGAGGCUUGCAUUGUCAGCUGGUAUUGGAGGCCUCUUAUUUGGUUAUGACACAGGAGUGAUUUCGGGUGCGCUGCUUUAUAUCCGUGAGGACUUCGAACAAGUCGACCGAAAAACAUGGUUACAGGAGCUCAUAGUGAGUAUGGCUGUAGCUGGUGUUAUCGGUGGCGCAGCAAUUGGAGGAUGGAUAAGCGACAGGUUUGGUCGGAAAAGAUCAAAUUUGCUUACCGAUGUACUAUUUUCUGUGGGCGCCUUAGUUAUGGCAUUUGCUCCAGCACCAGUAAUGAUUAUUCUUGGAAGGAUUUUAGUGGGUUUAGGGGUCGGAAUGACUUCAAUGACCGCACCUCUUUAUAUUUUCGAAGCUUCUCCUGCUCGUAUUCGAGGCACAUUGGUUAGUACUAACGGUUUGCUCAUUACAGGAGGACAGUUUCUGUCUUACCUUAUCAAUCUGGCCUUCACUAAGACAAGUUGGACCUGGCGUUGGAUGCUCGGGAUCGCAGCGGUUCCAGCACUCUUUCAAUUGAUCUUGAUGCUGUCACUUCCCAAGUCCCCCAGAUGGCUUUACAGACAAAACAAGGAGGAAGAGGCCAGAUCCAUCUUAGAGAAAAUAUUUCCAGCUAACGAAGUUGAUGAUGAGAUGAAUGCCUUGAAACUCUCCGUCGAAACGGAAAAAGCCGAUGAGCAUGCCAUUGGUGACAACCUGAUACAGAAGCUGAAGAGUGCUUCGAGCAAUGUUGUAGUCCGAAGAGGACUCUAUGCUGGUAUAACGGUUCAAGUGGCUCAGCAGUUCUCAGGAAUCAAUACAGUUAUGUAUUACAGCCCAAAAAUUGUUCAAUUUGCAGGAUUUGCUUCAAACGAGACAGCAUUGGCACUUUCGUUGAUCACCUCCGGUCUUAAUGCCAUUGGCUCAAUCGUCAGUAUGGUUUUCGUUGACAGAUAUGGUAGGAGAAGGUUGAUGCUUGUUUCCAUGGUUGGUAUCAUUCUUUGCCUCGUGUCGUUAUCGAUAAUAUUCCUCGAAGCCGCCAGUUAUGCUCUGAAAGUCAACCAGUUUGACACUAAUUCCAUACCCAACAGUACAUGUCGUAGCUAUAUAUCAACCCCGAAAUAUUCAUCAUGGAACUGCAUGUAUUGCUUGAAAGCCGGUUGCGGAUUCUGCUCGAAUACAGCAAACGAGUACUCGCUUGGAACAUGCCUGGAACUCAACACGGAACAAAGAGACUGGUGCCGUGGGACAUGGUUCAAAAACGGUUGUCCAAGCGAAUUCGGGUUCCUGGCAGUUGUUUUCCUAGGAUUUUACAUCCUUUCUUACUCACCAGGAAUGGGAACUGUUCCAUGGAUUGUAAACUCGGAGAUAUAUCCAUUGAGGUACAGAGGCAUUGGUGGGGGUUUGGCGGCUGUUUCUAACUGGAUAUCCAAUCUCAUAAUUAGUUUGACAUUCUUAAGCCUCACCAAAGCUCUUGGUUCGGCUGGCACAUUCUUCUUAUUUGGUGGGGUUUGCGUGAUUGGGUUUAGUUUCAUUUAUUAGCUUGUGCCUGAAACCAAAGGAUUGCCGAUUGAGGAGGUGGAGAAGAUACUAGAGAGUGGUUAUAAGCCGAAGCUCUUGAGGGCCAAGUCUAAGGAUAAAACCCAAUUUGCCUAAGCCCAUCUAUUUUGUCCAAAAUAAUAUCUUUUUCGGCCCUUUCUUUAUUUCUACAUACAUAACAUAAUGGAUUGGAAUAUUACAUUUGGUAAGGUGGUUUAAAUCUAA